CUAGAAUUGUAUCUUAAUUUCCGGUAGAAAUGUGUAUUGAGCCUGAUGCUUUUUUUCUAAUUAGAAAUUUUUUACCACGAAAACAUGUCAGAAACUUCAGAUCAUCGGGACCAUCGGUCUGAACGAGACCGUGACAGAGGAGGUGGAAGAAGACGCCCAAGGAGACGAGAUGUGUUGCCAAGUGGAAGGGGAAGAAAAGUAGAAAGGGAAUAUGAGCCAACUGAAGUUGCCAAGCCACCAAUUAUUCUUGCGAAGCCGUCACAGGAACAGACUCUAAGUCAAGUAUCAACAACAAAGUCACAAGAUAAACCUGUGGUGAUGGUGAGGAAAGAUGACACACCUGUAUCAGGGGAGACAACUCCACAGUUACACAGACAUUUAUCACAGCAAACACUCAGUUCUGACAGUUCUAGUCAGAGUAGACUUGCUUUACCCCCGGAAAUGAAACACCCUGUCAAACUGGUGGAUGAUAAUCAGAACUGGAUAGAAACUGGAAUGGAGAUGUUAGUAGAUCAGACAGAUUUCUUAGUCAUUGGUGUAAUAGGUGGGCAAGGUGUAGGCAAAUCCACCAUUUUGUCUUUAUUGGCAGGAAACUCACCUGAAGACACACUCAGAAGUUACAUAUUUGCACCUCAAAAUAGAGAAUGCCAGGAAUCUUGUGUUCACCUGACUGAUGGUAUAGAUAUGUUUGUUACUGGACAAAGAGUUAUAUUCUUAGAUACACAGCCUAUAUUAAGUGCUUCUGUCUUAGAACAGUUUAUCAAAAAUGACAAAAAAGUAUCCACAGAAUUUACAACAGUAGAGAACUAUAUGGAAAUACAAGCUCUCCAGCAGACAGCUUUUCUGAUGACAGUUUGCCAUAUAAUUAUAGUUGUACAGGACUGGUUUACAGAUACCAGUUUACUCAGGUUUUUACAAACAGCAGAAAUGUUGAAGCCUUCCACCCCAUCAACUAGUCACGAUAGCUCUCCUGAAGAAAACGCUGAUUACUUCCCUAAUGUUGUGUUUAUAUUAAACAAAGCCAAUAGAGAUGAUUUCAGUAUACAGAGUUAUGGAAGUAUGCAGUAUACACUGAAGAAAGCUUUUGAUACAUCCAAAUUAAAUAUUUUAGAAGGUGUAACUAUGGCUGAUGGAAAAAUUAUUCCUGGAUUAAAUCAUAAAACAAUUGAUUUAGAUGUAAAUUUGUUCCUGCUACCAAAUAUAGAGGAUAUGAAAACAGAAGAUCCAGUGUCCUUGUUGUUACCGGAUUACAGGGGAUAUCCAAGUUUUGAUAACUUGAUAAAUUCACUUCGUCAACAGAUUUAUUACAUGCCAAGGGAACACUUGACACAUGCCACUUUGUCUGAGAAAAAUUGGUUUCAUUAUGCAGCAAGAACUUGGGAUGCAGUAAAGAAGUCUCAAUUAAUGGCUGAAUAUAACAGACUUUUACAUUGAAACUGUUAAAUGUUAUAAUGUGCACAAAGCUUACAACUGAAUAUGAUAUCCAAAUUUUAUACUGACCACAAGCUUAAAGCAAAGGAGAGGAUAUAGGAAUCUCUUGAAUGUAUAAAGACACUUUUUUACAUCAGAUAAAUGAAGUGAAACAAGUGAUGGAUGCAGACUCACAUUCUUAAAGUAUCGAAGUAAAGUCCAAUAAAAUGUUGUGACAGACUUUGUUGAUUGUGAACUAUUCCAAAAAGGUAUUGAAUGAAGUCAGACUUCAAGCCUAAGAAAUGAUGAAGAGAACUUUAUACUAAAAAAACACUAAUUAAAAAGUAAUUUUGUGGUCAUGAAAGAUUCAGUAAAUGUAUAUUGCAUUAGCUAUCUGCUUGUAUUCUGUUCGCAAGAUGGUGAAUUAUCAGUAAUGAUAAACACAUGUUAAUGUUUUGAUUGUUUGCCUUGUCAGAUGUUAUGAAUACUUUACAUUAUGGUUUAAUCAACAAAAUUUGGUAUGAAAAGUUAUAGCAAAUAUGAAGAUAAAUUUUUGCUAAUAUGUCAGCACAGAUGAAAUUGUCAGUUGUCUUCUUACAGGAGUUAGUGCCCUUAAAUGACAAAUCUUAUUCUUUUUUGUGUUUUUGCAAAUAAGACAUUAUGUCAGAAAUUAUAUUCUGGUUGUACAAUGUUUGAGAUUGUCAAAAGUUGAAGAUGCAUAGACCUAGUGAGAGACGGAGGCUCUUGACAGUCUCUAAUUAUGGGAUUAUUGGAAUUUGGCUAUUUUUUUAAAGUAAUGUGACAAAACCAUCUUGUGAAUGCAACUCCUGGACUUUGACUUUUGUUUUAGUAUUGUGAUAAUAACACCUGGUGAACACACUUCCUCUGAGACCAUUUGUCAGAAAGCUAUGAUACAAUAUAGGAUUUUUGCCACCAGGUGUAGUUUACUAUAUUAUUCUGUCAUUUGGUUCCACCAUUUUUUUUACUGGAGUUAUGGGACUUUGAAUACUUUUUGUCCCCAGCACAACCUGUGGCGGGGGGACAUAGAAAGACUGGGUGUCCGUGCAUCUGUCUGUCCAGUCUUGUUAGUGCUCUGUACAAUUCUUGCCAGAUUUUUAUAUAACUUAUAACAUAGGUUUAUAUCAGUAAUGUCUCUGACAAGUUUGAAAAUCCGUGCUGAUCAAUUAUUUUUAAAAAGAGUUAGUGCCCCUUGGACAUAUCAAUUAUAUGGAAAAUUGUUGUUUUUAGAGCUCUCACGUACAAUCCUUGCCAGAUUUUUAUGAAACUUAUAUCAUAGGUUUAUAUCAGCAAUGUCUCUGACGAGUUCAAAAAUUAAUGCUGAUCAAUUAUUUUUUAAAGAGUUAAGCCCCUUGGAAAUAUUAAUUAUACAGAAAAUUGCAUUGUUAGCGCUCUCACAUGUACAAUUCUUGUCAGAUUUUUAUAAAACUUAUUUCAUAGGUUUAUAUCAGCAAUGUCUCAUGUGAGUUCGAAAAUCAGUACUGAUCAAUUUUUUUUUAAAGAAUUAUGCCCCUUGGAAAUAGUAAUUAGUCCCCUACUGACAAAGUCGAAGGGGACUUUAGGUUUGCACUCUGUCUGUCUGUCUGUCUGUCUGUCUAUCUGUCUGUCUGUCCGUCAGUUCGGCAAACAGUUUUCCACACUUUUUAAAGGCAGUGCUUUAAUGCCUUUAUAUGUGUGCCGGGUUAAUUUUUCCUUCCGCCAUGUCUACGUGGGGGGUCCAUAGGCCAUAAUAAAAAUCCGGAAGUGUUGAAUUCUUUCCUCUUCUUUUUGUGAUAUAAAAUGUUUUUCGUUUCAUUUCAUUUACAUUGGGAAAUGAAGAAACAAUCAAUGUGUUUUGUUUGUUCUAAAAACUUU